AUGCAUCAUUCUGAAUUAACCGGGGAUUCUCCCGGAACCAAGAAAGUUGCACACGCAUCGAUUUUUACCAGUCGUAGAGGCAGUAAUACUGGAAAUGGUGACAUGUCUGCCUCUCUGAAUGCAGUCAACAUGAACUGCAAUGCCAUUUUGACUGAUGACCACGAGUCGUCAAUAUUAAUUCAUCAUGCACCCCCUGCUGGAUCAUCCUUAUCAACAUCAACCUGCCUGAAUUUACACAUCCAGUCUCAAUCUCUCCAAAGUGCUGGGGCACAAGGAAAAAAGAAAAGUGGCUUCCAGAUUACAAGUGUUUUGCCAGCACAGGUUAGUGCUAACAAUAACAACAGUAUAGCAGAUGAUACAGGAGGCUAUGAUGAUAUGGAUGAGUCCCAUACUGAGGAUCUGUCCUCUUCUGACAUUUUUACAGUCACAGGAAUUCGUGAGAGAAGUUUUUCAGAAGAAACACUAAAUGGUCUACAUGGAAGAGAGACCCCUGGAGAUAUAUUACCCAAUGAACUAGGGAAUCCUCACCUGCACUCUGUUCAGCCAGGAUGUAUGUUGAAUGGGACUGUUUAUCACCAUAAGGACCAUGGGUUGACCUCUAUACCUACACCACAACAACCAUUUCAAGGGCUAACCAUGUACUCUUCAUCACUUAAUAGCAGUGCUCUAUCGUUAGGCACCACUGUGCAGUCUGUUGCUGCUACCCAGAGUAGAACCCAAAGAUUAGCUUCAGUCCAAGGUGCUGUUGUUGAUGUUUGUGCCACUGUAAAUGUGAACCAGAUCUCAAUUUCAGCAUCAGGUUCUGCAACUGGUUCCAGUGGAGCAGGGAUGCCAGGGGGUGUGAUUAGGUCAAAUGCUAUUGAGGGAGGACUCCUUGGCACAACAGGAAUUACAGUAACUGCUAUGCAGAAUUUCACUGCACCCGGGACUACUCAAAUUCAGUCUUCCACAGCCAUUGCCUCCCGUUUCAGACUGGUAAAGCUGGACUCCAGCUCAGAGCCCACCCGAAAGGGACGAUGGAUGUGCACAGAGUAUUAUGAGAAAGAAGGUGCUGCUGCAGCUCCAUUUGCAGAUGCAGCCUCUAGCUAUCGAACUGUGGAUAAUUGUAUCUAUCCUGAGAGUGAUGGUACAAUUGAAGCAUCCUCUUGUAACACACUGAGUGUUUUAGGAGAUCAUGGAAUGCAGCUUACCCAACAGAACUGUGUUCCCCCUGCUGUCUCUGUUCUUCACCCAAGUCUUUCUCAAAAAACUUCUCAACUUCACACGCAUUCCCAAGAUACUGGAAUAAACACUCUUACUUCACCACCUUUAGCAUCCUGUAACAACCCACAAUUUAUUUCAGUCCCAAGUCUAUUAUCAACUGAGAGUCAGCCUUCCCCUCCCAUGGCCCAACAACAGAUCCCAUAUAAUGUAGAAGGCCUUUCUGAAAAGUUAAUGGGUGGCUACCCUAUAAAUCAAUUUUCUAGGCUCAUGAGCCAGGAUUUACAGGCAGUAGAUUAUGCACAGAUUUCAAAUAGCACCCAGGCCCCUUCUCAGUCUCAUCAGAUGCUGACAAUUCAGAGCUGUAUAAGGCUUAGGGCUACUGCAGCACCUAGCCAUCCAGCUGGGACCCCCACAAUACCUGUCCCACAGUCUGUAUCUCCAAAGCCCCAAGUUCCAUUUCCACAGAAGGUGUUGGCAAAAGGAAGCACAGUAAAUCAGGUCCAGCAAUAUCAACCACAAAUGCCUCCAGAACAGCAGGCUACUGCUAAUCAGCCACCCCAAUCAGUGUCCUUGAAUACAGGCCAGACUACUCCUAGUAUAUUUUCCUCUUCUCUUCAGAGCAAUAUUCAACCAGCCAUUCCAACAUACCUUCUGCAUGAAGGUCUUGCUGGCGAUCACUCUGGAGGCCAGUCCUCCCAGAUUCUUCCAGCAAGAGACCCUUAUGGUAGUGUAGCACCUCUGAUCACCUCACAGCUUGAAGAUGCCAGCCGUCUACUUUUCCACCAGUCCCUAUUUUCACAGUAUGACUCUGAAGCAAGUGUCAGUUUUGGACAGAAGGGUAGUGCCAGUGGAGAUGCCAGUUUGGGCACAGAUGAAGACAGCUCUUUAGGUGCCAGUGUUGUGGCCAUUGACAACAAGAUUGAGCAAGCAAUGGACUUGGUGAAAAGCCACCUGAUGUAUGCCGUACGUGAAGAAGUAGAGGUGCUAAAAGAACAAAUUAAAGAUCUGAUUGAUAGAAAUUUCCAGCUGGAGCAGGAAAACAACCUACUGAAGAACCUGGCUAGUCCUGAGCAGCUAGGUCAGUUCCAGGCUCAGGUACAGAGCACCUCCCCAACCAUUGCAACUCAGUCAGCAACUCUGGAAGGUCUACCAACCUCACAGACCCAGGGUUUGGGUCCUUCGGUAUAACUACCUACUAACAGUGUACUGGAGGACUACUGCCCUAUACUCUCAGCAAAACUUAACACACGUUAAUCAAUACUGUGAACACUUUUAAAGAUGGCAGCACUAUUAAAUGCCAUUGCUGAGGCUUGAGGAUAUACUUCUAAACUUUUUGCCAUUUGCACAUAGAUCUAGCUUGCUGAGAGCCAACCCCUAGAGAGCUUUAUUUGCUUCAGACAAUCAAUACUGAGAAAAAUGACUUGAAGUGGACUGUAACAAAUGCCAAUCAUGGAGGAUAAAGAUCUUUGGAAUUUGGGUUUAAUGACUUGUACCUCUGCAUGUACAAAAGUCUACUUGGUAUUAUUCAUUUCAGCAGUAAAUGUGAAUUGUGGUGUUAUUUAUACAUGGUCCAUCUUUUAUUGACCAAUGCUUAUAUAUUUGUUUCCAUUCUUAAAAUAAAAAGGAGAAAGCACUUUACAAUGAUUAAAAUUAAGAAAAUAAAAGAAAUAUAUCCCGUCCCGUUUAUAAAUCUGAAAUUGAUUUAUAAUCUAAUGCAUAUUAAUGCGGACUAGAUGAAGGCUGCAUUUCAUGGCUAUGCCUCAGUGUUCAGACUUUAUUCUUGUCAUUUCAACCCAUUUAAACCUGUGACUCAUUUGGUCUUAAGCAGGCAUACAGAGCAUUUCAGUUGAGGGAUAUUAGUAUUUUUCUGCUACCAGCCUAAGACUAGAUGUCCAUUAAGAGUUUGUGAACAUUUUGAAUUAAUUUUGUUUGUAAAAUAAAUGUUCUCCAUGUAAAAAUGACUGUUAUAUGUAGCAGGAAAAUUGAAAUAAAAUGAGUUGUUAAUGUCA